AUGGCACUCAUUUAUGGUUUACUGUGUCUCCAUGUUGUGGCUUCUCUUGACACUACUUUAGCGAUGACCGUUGGUAUAUUUCAGUGUCCUACACAGGCCCCACUGGAGAAUGGUAACACUGUAGAGAACAAGCUGCCAACACACAUGAUGCAUUACUCUUGCAAAUUUGGCUAUCAUUUAGAAGGUCCACCCAAACAGGAGUGUGUUAAUGGAUCAUGGACCCCUGCGGAGGCACCCUUCUGUGUUCCAGACAGUAAUGAAGUUUCAUGCAUUUCUGGCCCAGUAAUUCUGAAUGCUAGAGUGGAAUACAACAACGGGGACUUCACAUUUCCAAAGGUGCAGGGAAGUGUAGCUACCGUGCUGUGUGAGCAUGGCUACUCAAGUGAAGACACAUUCCAAACAAGUUACAUCAUCAUGUGUGGUCUCAGUGGAUUGUGGGCUUUGCCAGAUGGUUCAAUCCGUCUGCCAGCUUGUACAAGAAAGCACUGUCCUCCGCCUCCAGAGAUCCCUAAUGCUUUAGUUCAUUAUGAUACCUACAACCUGCUGAUGAGCGAGGGAUUUCAGGUUGAGUACAUUUGUUCUAGCGGAUACAGUCUCCUGGAUACAUCAAAUGCUCGUCUCACCUGCCGGAACGGUCAGUGGGAAGGACCUGUUCCCACCUGUGUGUUAAAAGCUAACUGUGAGCCUCCUGCUUAUGUUCGUAACGGCAACUGGAAUCUGGUGGUGAAAACUGGUCGCGAUAUCACCUUUGAGCAGCACGGAGACACACAGUACCCGAAAUUUGAAGUGGGCACAGAGAUCGAGUACAGCUGCAACCCCGGGUAUAAACUGAUUGGACACAGGGUGUUUGAAUGUCUUCCUUCACAGAUUUGGUCCAGCACUUCUCCGGAAUGCAUCCCAGAAUCAGAAAACAUCUGGUAUUGUCCUGACAUCGGCCAGAUCAAAAAUGGCUUCUGCAAGUGCAUGGGCGAGGGCACGGCAGACCUACAACUAUGCAUGCCCUACCACAGAGGAACUCAAAUCCAGUGCACAUGUCUCCAGGGUUACAAGCUGCAGGGAGUAGACACUUUGACUUGCAUCCAUAGUUCCAACCCCAACAUUGGAGUCUGGGACUGGGAGUCUCCCAGGUGUUACAAGGACUUUGACCCUGGCAGCGAUAUAGACUUGCUACCUGAUGGACAGAAUGGUGGAAAGUCGUUCAAUUCUGGGGACAUAAAUGAUGGCAAGAACAAGGUGUCAUCUUUGGUGAUUGUAGUGACCACUGCUUGUAGUGUUCUUGGAGUGCUACUUCUCAUCAUGGUUAUUGUAGUAUUUCGGAGAAAAAAGCCACGGGCUCAUCUCUUCCAGCAAGGACCAGCCCCUCCGCCCUAUGCUCGAGUGCACGACAAUUCAUUGGAUGAGCAUGAUAGAAUGGCAUUAAUGGCUUAUGCAGACGCAUCACGGAUACACCUUCCUUCCUAUGAAGAAUCAGUCAGGUCGUUGAGCAGCCUAGGAAGCAACACACCACCAGGAGGGUCAGUGGCUGGCCCAGGUUCAAGUCCCACAACAUCCGAGUACCGAAGACUGCCGAACGUGCCUCCAGCUAUUCGAGCAGCCAACCUGCAACACAGUGUUGGGGGAGACGGCAACAACAACAUUAACCACAGCAACCGGCAUUCAACUGUUACCACCAGUACCAUGAACAGGGAUGGGGUAUCGGAAAUAUUUGGUUCUCUGGACACAGUAAAUGUCAGCAUGAGUGAUGCUUCAACAUCUGUGACAGUAGAGACAUUUGAUUCAGGGGUGUCUAACAGAUCGAUGGCUUCCCAGAGGGCAGCAGCUGGGAGCCUCAACUCUUCUGAUGAUCACAUAGCUAGUGAUGAUGCUCCACUUCUGGAUUCCAACUCCCAGAGAGAAGUGGAUGUUGUCAGUGUUAGUUCCAACCCAAGUCGGUCCAGCAAGGAUGACCAGUAG